AGGAUGGCCAGCUUAACUGCUGAAGGUGUCGAGACUGUUUUCCGGCUGCCGCAACCAAGUGGUCGCCAGUAUCUGAGAGAUUUGCUAGACUGGACCGAGUUUGAUGAAGUCCGGGACUUGCGUCGAAGCAUCCACUUGGACGUCUAUUACUGGAGUGUUGUGUUUGCUGCUGAGAAGGGCUUCUCUUGGCCGGCCGUGGCAGAAGUGGCCAAGUUGACCGGGGAGCUCUUGGAGGAAACCAAAGGUGGUCCCCCUUUACAAGCCAUCCAAGUCCUGCAAGAGAAACUUGUCAACUUCCAGGUGAAGUUGUCCCCAACCCAGUUGCGUGCCGUCUGCAAUUACUUUCACAAUACGUUCAUCAAGCAUUACUGGCUCUAUCAGUUUGUAUUGACCCGGGAGAGAAACCGCCAGCAGUCCUUUGGCAGCCUGGAGGUCUAUGCGCCCCCCAUCCCUUUGCCCCUGAGCGAAGGCAUGGAACUGGAAGCCUGGAAGUUUGAGCAGCAGUUGUCCGCCCUCUCUGCGGCCGAAGAUGAAAAGCGGGCCAGCUUGGAACGUAUCCGAGAAUCCCUAUGGGAAAAGAAAGAACAUCUACUGCAGGAAGUGUACAGGAGUGUCCAGAGGCAAGCCGGUGGCCUGAGCAGAGAGGCUCUCGUUUCCCUCGUCAGAGACGCCAUCAAAGCCCAGCUCCAGACUCUCCAGGAUAUCAUCCAGCAUGAGAUUGAGACCACCUUUGAAAUCUUGCAGCUCAAGCUCCAGAAAAAGAGCCUGACGCUAAACCCACCACCCAUCUACCCACCACUUCCAACGCCAGAGAGCCAAGGAAGGAAAGAGGGCAAAGCUAAGAAGAAAUCACCAGAAAGUAAGCGCAAAGGGGAGGACAAGAAGACAAAGAAGAAGAAGAAGUAAUCAGCAACAAAGCUUUUACAUUCAGUUUCAUUUGUAAUCCUUUGGA